AUGCGUGAAUUGAGGAGUGAGAGGACAGCAGAGGAAGGUAGACGUGCUGCCGUUCACAACGUGAAUCACACAGCAUUGUCACCGAGCAACGAAGCAAGCAAAAAGGAAUUAGCGAACCUCCGAAUGCAACUUUCUGCGAGGAACAAGGAGCUGGAAGAACUAAAGACCAACAUGGCAAACCUUCAAAAGAACCACAACAUGAAUGCAACAACUCAGGUAUCCAAACCUGUUGCCGAAUCCUUUUGCCAAAACACAGCCUUCGACAAGUGGCAAGCGUUGCAACAACCCAUCCAAAGUGCAGUGUUUGACGCGCUGGCGUCAUGUUGGUCGAAAGAUGCUCCUCAAAUCGACAAGAGCAAUAACCAUACCCAAGCAGCAUUUCAUCGGUUGACCAAGAAAAUGUUCUCGGAACUCACGUUGUAUCGGCUGAAGCAAUCCAUCAAAGUACCCGCGAAUCCACUGGUCAUGGAAAAGGUACUGCAAGUGAUACGAAACUGCAUUUUCAACCCCCCGAACAAUCCACCCCUGCAAAUUGCUGUCUUUGGUGGUUCCGUGACGGCUGGAUAUGCAUCCAAUGACAAUGACGUUGGAUUGCCCUUUGGAUCGCGAGAAACAAUUAAAGGCUGUGCUAGGGCCCACAAACUUCAGUUGUUGCUGAAUAAAAUGUUGUCGGCACUGUUCCAAGGGAAUUGUCCAAGUACAAAACUUUGCAGUGGGAGGAACGGAUUCCGUCAUCGGAAGCACACUGUUUGA